CGUUAAUUGUUAGUAUCAGAGUGAUGCGAACGCAGUGGCCUUUGCAAAAUGGGUCAGAAUCUUUCGGAUGAGCAUCCGCAGCGGCGGUCGCAUGAAGAGCUAACCCAACAACUUACGGAGAAGUUUAUGAAGAAAUGUUUCACCUCUCUUGAAUUAUACUCACUCAGAGAUGUUUUCAAGAGCCUUGCGGAUCAACAGGACUCUAUCAAAUACCUGAAAGAGGACACUAUCGCCCGGUACCUGGAAAUACCAGACAUUCUCGGCACCUCGCCAGUUAUUUUCCAAAUGGUAUCCUAUAUCGGCGCUUUUCCAUUUCUUCAAGAUGCACCUGUAGUCUUGGAGUUUCAGCGGAUGAUUAUGGUGGUCGUCAUCAUGACUGAGCGCUACCGAACCGUAUUGGCGCGGGGCUCUUCAGAUAGGACCAAACUACUGUUCAAGAGCUUAGCUGUCUUUGAUCGUAAAAUGUCCGAAGCAGGAGCCCAUCCAGACACGUCACAUAUCGCACCUACCGAGUCCGAAGACGAUAAAGAGAAGGUCAGGUCCCGUGUGGCCGGUUUCGCGGUUGAUGCAGCUGGCGACGAAGACGAGGACGGUGAGGACGACGACCUCGUAUUGACAGCUUUUGAAUUGCUUGACAUCAAGGAUGCCGUGGACCAGGGCCAUGCGCCAAUAUUUCAUGGCGCAACGGUCCCAACUGACAAUUUCCGAAAACUUGUCAUGCUGCUUCUCCUUGCCGCUCCGCUUGAUCCUCAAGAAAGCCUCUCGAUGUAUUCAAGCCGGGUUGUUGGGCAAGAACUCGAAGGCCUCCGUAGCGCCGCUGAAAGCAUUCUUGCCUCCUUCGUUAAUGCCGAAACCUCAACUGGCAUCAAGUACAACCACUUCAGAACAAUCAUACCUGUGAUUUGCCCUAAUCUCUUUCGUGGAUUCAAUGGUCUUUUUGAGCGCUUUCUUUUCUCGCAAAAUCUAGAUUUCUCCAAACAUCAAAAUGAUACCCCAGCUACUACUUCAUCUCAAAAAGUAGCACAACCUCUAUUGACCGACACCGGCGACAUACUAAAUCAGAACACAUUGUCCCAGAUCUCACUUUUCCUUCCUGGAACAGAUCUCUUCCGGCGAGUGAGACUCCUUUACUCAGGCAAUGAUGCCGGCUUCUCCAUGGGAAGUUUCCAGACGAAGGUUUUCAACUGGCAAGCUCCAACACUGCUCCUGGUGAGUGGAACACGGCUGGGAGAUAAGCCGGAGGGUGGUCAAGAAAGCAGUUUCGCGGCAUCCUUGCCUCCGAAGCGGUUCCCUCACGGUAGCAAAUCGGAUCGGCUCACUUUUGGUGUCUACGUUCGUGAACCCUGGAAACACACCCACCGGGAAUGCUUCGGCGAUUCAGAAACAACACUAUUUCAACUUGAACCAAUUCACGAUGUCUUCCCGGCAUCAACUAUUAACAAGGACUAUGUCACCUUCACAAAAGCACCAGCGCACCAUCCCAUGAUGUCGUUCGGUUGCCCUCAUCCACACCCAUCUCAAGCUCACAGAAAGGCCGACAUGUUACGCCUAGGCCCUGUAUCAUUAUUACUUGACGACUCGUUCGAGUUUGCAGUCUUCAACCACGAUUUUACAUCUCGAGGAGGUGCAUUUCACUCGAGUGUGGUGAGAAAGCAUGAUUUCCAGGACCGAUUCCAGAUUGAGAGUCUCGAAGUUUGGGGCUGUGGCGGUGAUAAAGAAGCCCAAGCCCAAGCCGAGAAAUGGGCUUGGGAGGAACGAGAAGCUGAAGCUCGCCGCAAGAUCAAUCUUGGAAAUGGCGAUAUCGAGGCUGACCGGGCGUUGCUUGAGAUGGCGGGGUUAAUUGGAGGAAACCGAAGUGGAGGGUCUAUGACAUGAAGCAACUCCUAGGAAAUUAAGCAUUACCAGACAAUAUAUGUUCUUAGGGC